AAAAUACUUUCAAUUUGACAGGGGUAAAAAGUUAUUUAGUUAUUUCUAAUAUAAUCCUACAUCCGUACUUUUGGCAUCCCGCAGUCUGGUGCCCGAGGAGGUAGCCGCCCGCGGAGCUAUCGCCUCUCUUUGAACCCGAUCACCUCAUUAGUUCAGCUGAGUUACUCUUACGUACAUAGGCAACUACGCAAUCCACUCAGUCCGUUAGCAGACUUCGUCCCGUACGCACUCUUAAAACGGUACGAUAUUUAUAUCUUAAAGAGUUUGGAACACUACAUGAUGGCGGAAACGAACCCGUAAUGUCGCGAUAGCGGCAUCCUGCGGGCCGUGGCCUUACUGAUACGACUCAAACGCAGCUAUUUGUAUGCAAAUGAAGUGCAGCCACAGGUGUGUGUUAACAUUCAGUGGCGUCCCGGACGUGGCUUGUAAUGUACUUUAAACUGGUCUGAUAAAGUUGUAAAAAUGGUGCGUAGCCGUAAAGUGCAGGCAAUUAGCGAGGCUGACGUGCGUCGUGACCAGCCUUGCUCUAGCGGGUCCCGCUUGCGCGUCCGUCGAGGCUCCAGCUUGACUGACUUAGAUAAGCUGCGAAGUGGCGGGUCUAGUGGCGGUGGUUCCAUCGGGGAUCUGAUGAACAUGUUCAGUGGGAGUGCUAACUCGGUGGGCAGUGAUACGUUGGUGGCUCGGACUGUACCUCUUGAGACUGUCAGGAGAAGUGUUGCUCUGCCUUCAUCUACCCUAGCUCGGCCGACUCCUUCACCCACACACACACACACACACCCCAUCAUACAUGUGUCUCGUCCAGUUGGGCCGCUCACGAUGGCUCAACGAACGUUAAGAUUCAGCAGGCUGUUGAAAUACCAACCCUGCUCAGCCGACGCUCCUAUAACUUUGGUGAGUGACGCGUAUAUCCUUUUGCUAAUUAUGCAAAACAGCAUCUUUAUGUAG